CCAGAACCAGAAGCAACCUGCUACCUCCUCCCGGGUCUCCAAGCCCUCGACUCCUCCGCCCCAGAAGUCGACCUCGACGCCUACACCUGGGUCCAACCCACCGCCAUCGAAGACAACGAAGUAAUGUUCGACGGCAAGGCCCUAAGUACUUGGUACGAGGAGGAGCGUCGG